AACAGUUUUUAGUUGACUGUUUGUACUGGUUGUCCAACACCUGGACUAUUACUUUAAGUCACCGCCUGUGGACUGCGGUUAUCAAUUUAUACCACCUUAAGAAAAGUUUUACUGUUUCGCAACUCUUGCGCUUUCAGGCUGUACUGCCACAAUGGAAUAGAGGCUUACUAUCGAUGCAAUCACGCCUCUAACUACAGAGUGGACGUGCAAAGUUCAGGUGGUGGACAAAUUCCGCCCACGAGAAAGCAAAGACUGGGCCGUUCAUUCCAAACAAUAAUUGUAAAAGAUGAAAAGGUAAGUUUACUGCUAUUGUACAUCCGCGAUAACAGCGUCCAACAUCUACACCAAUGUUUUGAGAUAUUUUCUUUUUUAAUUAACUGCCGGAAGAACAAGCCUGCAUAGUUCUGUAUGGUGAUGACAUUAGCAAUUGUCAUAAACUGUUCGAACUUUUCGAUACAUAUCUGAUUUCAACUGCGAAGGUUAGGGAACCCUGAGCUUAAUCAAUACGGGUCAACAAUUAUGAAUGUGUUAUUGAUAGGUUCACUAUUGUCAAGCAUGUUCCAAAUAACGACGACAAAGAGGCAACAUUAACUGCUCCAGCGAGGUUGCAUACAGUUUCUUUUCUGAAUCUCGAAGAACAACAUCCAGGUGUUGAAUUUAGUAUGUUACCUCUUUAGUACAUCAUGUCUUCGCUCCACCAAUUAAAAAAAAAGCUCAGUAAUCAAAUUAAGUGCCGAUAUUUUAACUACAUGUCCACCCUAUCUAUUACAACAUACUUGCUAGCGGUGGUGGCAAUUGAGGUGCAAUGCAAUACACCGCCCACCAAACUAAGAGACUCCAGGAGGUCAUAUUAAUGGACAACAAGUCAUUUCGUUUCUAACAAAAUUUACAGCUGACAAUCAUAUCUGUUCAGGAAGAAACCUUUCUUGUUUAUUGUGUGGGAAGAUCUUGCCAACAACGAAGGGGCUAAGUUGUUAAGACAGUUGCAAAAACACCCCGUUACUCUUGCAAAGUGAAUAGCUAUUACUGAGUACCACAUUGGUAUGAUCAAGCUACUUAUUUUUCCCUGCAAGUGCACCACUCUUUUCCUUUAUUUACUUUCGCCACCCAUCAAUAAUAUUUUCCCUUUAUUUAUCAAUAAAUUCUGCACAGGCACUUUCUUGAUUGUCAACAAGGUACAACUCAACAAUUUUAUUCGAUCCUCUGUACGUGCAGGCAACUACAUUAACAAAUUGGUGCUAGACAAUUUUUCCCCCAACGUGAUACAUCAUGUUUUACAUGUUGUUACUUAUAUGAAAAAUAUAUCCACAAUAUUUACCGUGGCCAUUAAGGGGCAAAGGACAACAAGAAAAUGCUACUGAUAUACACUUUGAAAGCUCAUCGGCCUCACCUUCAUCAUGGAGUCUCGCACCUAUCGACGAUGAAAUAGUACCUAUCUCGGCCAGUGAUUCACCACCUUCUCCGAUUUUCAGAGCAAAACCUUGCAGACUCUUUCGGCAGUUCAGUACUAUAAUGUCAACAGCAGAUUGGUCAAAGUUGCCGAUGGAACUUGUGGGGUUAAUUGCUAGUCGGCUGCAUUUUGCUGAAGACUGCUUGCGAUUUGGUGCAGUUUGUAAGUCAUGGAGAAUAGGUAUACUACAAAAUGGCAAUUCUUUGUGCUCAUUCCUUCCUUGGCUGAUGCUUCCUCAGUGGAAAAAUGAAAGCUUGCGCACAUGUUAUAGUCCUUCCAACUGUAAGAGUUAUGAUAUAUGUUUACCGGAUGUUCUAGAUAAACGUUGUUGGGGUUCUUCUCAUGGUUGGUUAGUCACUUUAGGUGCUAAUUUUGAGAUGCACUUGCUGAAUCCAUUAUCGAGGGCCCAAAUUUCACUCCCGCCAUUGCAUAAAUGCCCUAAUUUGAAUCUAGUUUGUACAGGAAAGAGCUUUCGCGACUCGUUUGUGUACAAAGUUAUCUUGUCUGCUAGUCCGUGCUCAGCAGAUUGUGUAAUAUUUGCUAUUUAUUCUGAUAAUUGGAAAAUGGCAUUUGCAAAGCCAGGUGAUGUUUCUUGGACUCCCUUGAGUUGCAUCCGUGGCCAUGUGGACGAUGCCAUCUGUCAUGACGGAAGGUUUUAUGCUAUCGACACUUUUGGAGAAGUUCUAAUUUGGGACUUUUCGGGCUCUUUCUUGAAGAAAAUAGCUUUCACGCCAUCUCGCGAUAUGGAUAAUUUGGUGUAUGUUACUACAUAUCUUGCCGAGAUAGAGGGCCAAAUACAUGCAAUAAUGAGGCUUUUGUUUGAUACAAGAAUUACAGAUGCCCCUUGCCUAAGCACUUGGUGUUUCAAAAUUUACAAGUUGGACAUCUGCAACGAGAUGUGGGAAGAAGUGAAAUCUUUGGGUGAUUGGUCUAUUUUUGUAGGAAGCAAUCAUUCCUUCUCGAUUUCGUGCUCGGUUUACCCAGAAUGUGAGAGUAAUUGUAUAUACUUCACAGAUGACUUCUCUGGAGCUUAUUACGAUGCAAUGCAUGGCUAUGAUAUGGGUAUUUACAAUGUUCAGAAUGGCAGGGUGAAACCUCUUCUUCAGGAAAAUAAAUCUGACUUUGCAUUCUCACUGCCACUUUGGAUAAUACCAAGUUUAUCUUAAGGAUUUUUCAGUUGAGUGAGACUGUAAUGUACAUCAUGUACCCGAUUUUCUGGUAAACAGAUAUUUGGCCAGUGAUACUGAUAGAUUAGUUCUUGUCCUGCAAAUGCAAUAUGUAUUUUACAGUUUGAGCAAAUGUUUGUUGUGCUCGUAAA